CCGAUCGUCACUCUUUCUCUCAGCAGUGGCAACCACUGCGCAAGCCAUCGCCCCUCCCGGGUGAUUGCUGCUUGCGUUCACCCAAAGAAGAACCUGCUGGACCACUCCCUGGCCUCGAACGCGAAGCGGCCACACGCAGGCGGAGGCAGGCGAGCUGGCAGCGAUGGCGCCGCCGCCUCCCGCCCCCACUCGUGACGCAACCGCUGCUGACCAAAGUGCUGCGGGGCUGUCACCCCGCGCCCCUAAUGGAUCGCUUCUGCUCCACUUUCGCACCUCGUACUGGACGCAGUGGGGCGAGCAUGUGGCGGUGUGCGGCGAGGGGCCCCUGUUUGGCGAUUGGGACGUGAAAAAGGCGCACUGGCUGAGCUGCCGACAUGUCGGUGAGGAGCUGCUGUGGGAGGGGCUGGUGCCCAUCCCCGCGGUGGCCGAGUUCAGCUACCGCCUGGCGGUGGUGAACGAGGCGUUUGAGGUGCUCAAGUGGGCCAGCGAGCGGCACACCGUGGUGCUGCCUGAGGGGCUGGAAGACGGAGCAAUUGUAGAUGUAGACGAAGUUUGGACGGAUGAGGGCCACCCCUCUCUGGUGCUGGCACGCAGUGCCUUCGCACGCGUGGUCUGGCGGAACCGCUGCUCCGCCAGCAAUGGCCGCGUCCUGCGCCUGCAGCCACUGCUCAACGAGGUCGUGGCAUGCUUCCAAGUGCACGAUGGCGAGCUGAAGGAGGGGGAGGCCGUGUGCAUCCUGGGCGGCGCAGCACAGCUGGGCAACUGGCAGCUGCAGGAAGUGCUGGCCAUGAGCCCUCUCUCAUCAUCCUGUUGGGAGGCUGAGGUGCGGCUGCCGCUCAGCAGCCUGCCGUGCACCUACAAGUACGGCAUCCGCCGCGCCGAUGGCAGCCUGCAGCUCGAAGCAGGGGAGAACCGCAUGGUUGCGCUCCCUGCCAACGAUGGUGCCCGUUGUCCUGCCCUUGUGGUCCGCUUCGAUGGCUGCUUCCGGCGCCAGCAGCGGUGGCGUGGUGCAGGCAUCGCGGUGCCAGUGUUUAGUUUAAAAAGCGCGCAGUGCGUGGGAGCGGACAAGCUUCCUGAUGAUAUUGCGGCAGAUAUUGAGUCCGCACGCCGGCAGCUGGAGGCUCUGGAGGAUGGAGUAGACUACGAGCGUACAAUUGAAGCCAAGCUGCGCAUUGCUCGUGCCGUGUUCGACAGCGUUGGUUCUGCAGACCUGGACAGCGAGGGGUUCCGGCGCUUUCGUGAGGCCAACUGGGAGUGGCUGCAGCCAUACGCUGUUUUCUGCUUGCUGCGCCCGCCUCUUUGGCACUGGCGAGCACUGGCGUUGGGGCGCACUCAGCCAGCCCACACAGGAGGCGUCGACAAGUGCAGCGUGGAUACCUGGCUGUGCCCCAAACUCUUCCGCAUGGAUGUGUGUACUGGUGCACCCCCCGACUACUUUGACCCCAAUGGCCAGAACUGGGGCUUCCCCACCUACAACUGGGAGGAGAUGGCCAAGGAUGGCUACGGCUGGUGGCGCCGCCGCCUGGCACAUAUAGCAGAGUAUUUCCAUGCUUACCGCAUUGAUCACAUCCUGGGCUUUUUCCGCAUUUGGGAGAUCCCUGGCGACUGCUGCUCCGGCAUUCUGGGCCACUUCAGGCCUUCGAUACCACUGUCACGAAACGAGCUGGAAUCUCGCGGCAUCUGGGAUUUUGAUCGCCUCUGCGAGCCGUGGAUCACGGACGAGGUGCUGCAAGAUGUGUUUGGUGUCGAGCUGGCCCCGGAGGUGGCGGCGCGGUACUUGCAGGAGCAGGCAGGAGGACGGUACAGAUUCCGCCAGGCAUAUGCCAGCGAGCGUGCCCUGGCAGCAAUUCCUGUGCGGCGCUGCCUUGCUGCCGACAUGUUGCCAGAUGAGGCAGACAAUGUCCGGCGGGGGCUGCUGACACUGCGGCAGAACGUGGUGCUGCUGCGGGACAACGAGGACCCAAAUGCCUUCUAUCCACGCUUUGCACUAAACACUACCAGCAGCUUCAAGGGACUGGAGCAGCACUGGCGGGAAGAGCUGCUGCGGUUGCACAACGAUUACUACCACCAUAGACAGGAUGCACUGUGGCGCAAGCAGUCGCACCGCACGCUUCCUGCGCUGAUGGGAGCCACUGACAUGCUCGUUUGUGGCGAGGAUCUGGGCAUGAUCCCUGCCUGCGUACACCCCGUGAUGGCUGAGCUGGGGCUCAUAGGCCUGCGCAUCCAGCGCAUGCCUGCUGAGGAGGGGGUCAAGUUUGGGGACCCGCUGGCCUAUCCCUACAUGACCGUGGCCUCCCCGUCCUCACACGACAUCUCCACCACGCGUGGAUGGUGGGAGCAGGAGAAGCAGCGGCGGCAGGAGUUUUACGAAGAGAUGUUGAAUGGCGAGGGAGAGGCGCCGCGGCACUGCACGCCAGCGGUGUUGGAGCAUAUUUUGCAGCAGCAUAUGGACAGUCCAAGCCUGCUGGCCAUCUUCCCUCUCCAAGACCUGCUGCCCCUCUCACCACGCCUCCCCGACUGCCCACCUGAGCGCCAGCAGAUCAACGACCCCACAAAUCCGCAGCACUACUGGCGCUACAGGUUGCACGUCACGCUGGAGGACAUUGCUGCGGACGCCGACCUGCGGUGCCUCCUGUCAGACAUGCUGCAGGCAGCACAGCGCUACCAUGGCGUGCAGCACAGCACUGGAUGACCACACCCAUCCUUACCAUGAAUGAGGGUGUGCGAAUGGUCCAUCCUUUGAUGAUGAUUUACCCCCCUAGGUCUACCAGCAGACGGUGCAGCACACUCCACUGCAGCAGUGCAGUGACCCCUUGCAACGAAUGCAAGGAG